GAACCGCGUGUUUCCUUUUCUUUCGAGCCCUUAUCGUGCGUGUGUGUUUGUGGGUGCAGCUCCACACCAUCCCCAGGAGAGGACGUAACCGAGAGCCUGGGAGCUAGAGCCGGCUGUUUGCAGACCGCUGGGAUUCAAGAGACUUUUAGCGAAUCACGCUUAAAGUGCAAUCACGAAGAAUCUUCGGAAACAGAUUCAAAAAACGUUGCAUUUACACAAAAAUGUUAUUAUCCGUGUGAAUUACACUUAAACUUUAACAAACGCAACAUUUACUGCAGAUGAGAUCCCAAUCUAGACCCUAAAACACUAGAUAUGACAAACUGCGAUAAAAACCAAUAAUCUUUGCGCAACUUUUAAAACAGAUUCUUGGAAUAAGAGUCUAUCGACUAGUUUAAAAGUCCUUGGAUAUUAUUCUAGUGAAAAAGAAUUCAUAGAGCUAGAACAAAUAAAGGAAAACAGAGGACAACAUACACGAAAUUCAUGGGAGUCAAAAGUAAAUGACGAGACGUGCCUGGAACAUUCGAGGAAAGCAACUCUAGACGAAAAGGAAGAGAUGGUAAUACAUUGAAACGUUUUUCAAGAAAGACAGACAUGGUGAACCCGGCGAUUGCACUCGAUUCGACAGUCAGGAGUCACGAUUCGAAUAACUCAAAAAAUUCGAAAGUUUCGAGCGCCAUGGACUCGAAACCGGAGAGUUGCCUGGAAUCUAAACACUCGCUGGAUAUCCUACUUUCUGAGAAGCAACAACGGCAUCAAGAACACCAGCCACACUCGCAACAGCACAUCGACGAACGACAAAAGCUGAGGAAUUUGGAGUCUAAGAAUGAUUCCAACCUACUCAUGUUCACCUCCUGUGGACAGUUGCUCCUAGAUGCAAGGAGUUUCGAUCUGAUUGGUCCAUCCGUCUCGGAGUAAGAAGCAAGACAAAAUGUUUUUGUUAAAAAAAAAAAAAAAAACGGGUAAAAAAUGACAAAUCACAAAAUGUUUCUUUUGCGCGACCAACUAGAAGAAAUACUCGACAAGAUGCAAGAGGUUUCACUCCGAUUCAUCAAGCCAUCUCGACGUAAUCGGCAAGCAUACCUAAAAAUCACGGUUUUUUGGUAAAAAGACGGGUAAAAAAUGACAAAUCGCAAAAAGUCUUGACAGCAGGAUCACCACGGGAACAUGCUCUACAAGAUGCAACAGGAUUCAUUCCGAUUGGUCAAGCUAUCCCGGCGUAAUCGAUGAACAGACAUUUAAAAAAAAAAAAAAUACAUGUCGAAUUGAGUAACCUCCUCCUUUUCGAAGUCGGUUAAAAACAUUAAUUCUUCACAUUUUGUGCUAAAAUUUGGCAGAAACGUGCAGUGUAGAUACAAAUCUUGAAGUACAAAGUGUUUUUUUUUAAGUUUUGCUUUCUGCUUGCGGAGAAGAUAGUUAAUAAAUAUGCCCAGAACAAUUAAAAAAAAUGUUGCAAAGAAAAAAGAAGAAAAAACGGUGACAAUGAAGAGGGAAAUAUCUAGAAAUAAAUAUUUAUCUUUUAUCGAAGGCGAUUUAAUAAAUGCAUUGGAGGCUGUAAAGAAUGGAAUGCCCAUGAGAGCUGCGAGUAAGCAGUUCAAAGUGCCUUACUCUACAGUUAGAGGUAAGCAUAAGGGCAUAUAUGUUAUUGGAAAGAAAAGUGGCCCUCCAACAAUUUUAACGAAAGAGGAAGAAACUAAGUUAGUGGAUUGGAUUCUUUCAAUCGCUAACAAAGGUUUUCCUUUUACAAGAAAUGUCUUGUUGGAUAGAGUAAAGAUUUUAUUAAAACAAAUGAAUAGACAGAAUCCAUUCACUAAUGGAAGGCCAGGCAGGCAUUGGUUUGAAGCUUUUAUGAAACGCCACCCCCAGCUCUCAUUAAGAACUCCCCAAAAUUUUUCUCAAAGACGUGGUCAGGUAUCUGAGGUAAAAAUACGAGAGUGGUUUAAUGAAAUUGAAGAUUAUUUGAAAUCAAAGAAUCUUCUUGAUAUUGAAAAAGGCAAUAAAGUUAUCACAAAUAAAAAAUCUAAAGGGAUUUAUAAUUUAGUUGGUGCAAAUGAUAAGGAGUGUAUAACAACAUUGAUUACAGGUAAUGCAGCAGGUGAGCUAUUACCACCAAUGAUAAUGUUUUCCUACCAAAUGCUACCAUCAAGCAUCAUUGAUAAAGUGCCUCAAAAUUGGAGUGUAGGAAAAUCUGAGAAUGGGUGGAUGACCGGAGAGUCAUUUUAUAAAUACAUGACCAAUGUAUUCUAUCCAUGGUGCAUUAAAAAUAAAAUACAAUUUCCUAUAAUAAUAUAUUUAGAUGGGCAUUCAUCACAUGCUACCAUGGCACUAAGUGAUUUUUGUGUGGAGCAUAAAAUUGAAAUGAUUUUGUUGUAUCCCAAUUCCACACACAUUACGCAACCCGUGGAUGUGGCCUUAUUUCGACCUUUGAAGGAAGCAUGGAAGAAAGCUGUUACAGAUUGGAGGAUGCAGAAUGGUGGCAGAGCUGUGGAAAAACAAAACUUUGCCCCUGUUCUGCAAAUUGCGUUACAUUCUCUGAAUGCUAAAAGUAUUCUGCAACAGGGGUUUAUUGCUUGCGGACUUGCACCACUUUCUGCGGAUGCUAUAAAUUAUGACAAAUUAUUAAAUCAAGAUCAACUCUUACAGCAAAAAGAUGUUGAUAAGAAUAAUUUAAUGACAAGCUCUCACAAGAAUUUUGAGCGCACCUUAAAAUUGAUUGAAAAAUCUAUCGAUGAGAAGACAGUGCAGCUUUUUAAAGUAGCUGAAAUGAGAGAUGGAAAAUGGUAUGGAGAGACAAAAUAUGAGGCCUUAUUUUCAGUCUGGAUAGAAAGCAGAAAACUCAUGUUAAAUGAGAGUGUGAGAAUGAUAGAAAAGAGCAGCAUUCAAACAUCUUCGGUACCAACUAUGUACUUAAAGAUUUCUAUUAUGAUUUCUGAAUUAUUUUAAUGUUUUAUUGUGAUUUAUUUAACCGUUUUGGUGUUCUGCGCGAGUAUACUUGUCAAGUAUACACGCAAGCUACGCGGCGAAAAGGUUAAAUAAUUUGUUCAUAUUUAUUUAGUAAUUUAUUUAAAUAAUUGAAAACACAUAAUUGUAUAUAAUUGUAUGAUAUAAUAUUGAUAAUUGACUACUUACAUUGCGACAAGUAGAUUUCUAAAAACUUUUGUUUAAUUGUUUUCUCUUACAGACAGAUACAAUUACUAACAAUGAAAUACUAAUUGAAUUAAUUAACGACAAACAUGCAGGUAGCAGUAAGUGUGAUCUAAACAUCACAGAUAAUAAUUUAGAACAUGUGUUUAUUAGUGAGGAUAUGUCUAUUAUUGAGAAUAUGUCUAUUAGUCAGGAUACAUCAGGAAAUAACUUAGACAUAAGCACACAUGAAAUAGUUUCAUUAGGUCCAGAUAGGAUUUACACAUGCACAUAACCAACACAAUCAAACGAAAUAAAAUCUAAAAAUAAUUCAGAUGUAGUAGAACAAUCAGACAUGUUAUCAUACGACGUGAUAAUUGAUAAGAGUCAGGUAACCGACGAAAAUGCAUGUCCAAAUAAACAUGAUACUAAUAAUACAUCCAUUGCUACACUCUUUCAAGAAGUGCUAUUCUGGCCAGAAGAAAAUUUGGGUCAUAAAACAAAAAUAAAAAAGGAAAAGGAGCAACAAACAGAAGAAAGAAGGCAAUUAAAAUUACAGAACAUAAAAAUAAAAAAAUGAACAAAAGGAGGAGAGAGUUAAAUUAAAAAAGCUUAAAAAUGAAGAGAAAGCUAGACUAAAGAAAGAGAAAGAAGAAGAAAACGCUACAAUGAAGAAAGAGAAAGAAGAAGAAAAAGCUAAAAUAAAAGAACAGAAAUAAGUUGCUCUAAAAAAGGACCGAGAAAAAUUAACUAAAAAAGAUACUUAGUAUUUUAUAUUAUAUUGUUGUAUUAUUUGUAGUAUAUUUUGUAUUUCGUAUUAUAAAUAAAAGGCAUUUUUAUA